AUGGCUGCUAAACGCCCGGACGGGUUUAAAAAGUCCUCCUCGAGCGAGGAGUUCAACAAGAACAAGUUAAACGCGCAAGCGAGCUUGCACAAACCGAACACGUUGGGGUACGAAUCCGACACUAACGUGGUGCCUUCUCCAGCGCUUCAAGCGAACAAUGAGAAUUUAAAAACAACAACCGAAAGAAAGAAAGGUACGUUCUUUUAUGCGUAG